CCUCCUCGACAACGAGAAGUCGAGAACACACACGCACAUACGGAACGGAAGCUACUAGCCCGCAGCCUUCUUCAGUCUCCCGUCUUCUUCUGGUGCCCAACACAUCCUCAUUCUCAGGGUCGCCCUCUCGAUUCUCCCUCAAGUCCAGUCCAGCCGGAUCAGUCCCCUUCCCCUCCUCCACAAGGUGCCGCCUCCCGCAGAUCCGAAUUGGAAUCUGGGCCUUCGUCUCCGCACCACCAAUCCGGUAAAUAUACGCGGGCAAUAAAAAUCCCUCCCUCCCCCCCGAACCGUAAUGAUAGAUAGCUGCUUGCCUGCUCCGGAGUUUCUUCCGCUGUUCUCUCUCGCGCAAAUUUUUAUGCUGGGCAAAGACGGUGUUCUUCAGCUUCGACCCCCAAAAAGGGCGAAGCUUUCGCGUCCUUCCCCACACACACAAAUUACCUGGGAGCCGUAGCUUCUGUUUGGUGCGGCCACGGGGUGGAAGAAAUGGUAUGCGGGAUGCUCGCCAAUUGGCAUGCUGCGCUUUCCGUCCCUGCAGCCGCAAGAGGCCUUCUCUUUUAGAUCUGUGCCGCGCCUUCCUCUUCCUGGUACCCUGUGAUUGGAGCCAGUAUUGUUAGCGUUUAAUGAAGCUGCUUUUUUCUAGCCGGCUUUUGGAUGGUGCUUACUACUACAUCGUAUCAGUUGCCACCACUCUCGCGUGCUUUUGCCUUCUUUAGGUUUGCUCGCAGGGCACACAAAGCCAUUUUUACUGCUGGAAGACUGCCGCUUUUAGUAUCUCUGGGCUCUGGCUCUUGAGUGAUCUCCAAGUCUACUUGCAAGAUCUGUGUUCAGUUGACUUGAGUUCUUCUCAGCUUCUUUGAUGUGAGGAGAUUGGCGCACGAAAUCACGUAGCAGUAGCUCUUAUUCCCCACUCGCGUUUUAACCUGAGCUGCGGCAGUUGGCAUUCUUCAUUCAGUCGUAAUGGAUGGGAUAGCUCGUAAUAAGGGCGGUGCUUCGCCUGGUACAGGAAAGGGAAGGGAAGGGAAGGGAAGUGAUGGGGGAGUGCGAGGACGGCAAGGAGUACAGGUGCUGGGAGGAGCUGCUGCCGGACGCGCUGGGGCUCAUCUUCCGCAACCUGCCGCUCCAGGAGGUGCUCACCGUCCUGCCGCGGGUGUGCAAGUCCUGGGGGCGGGUGGUCGCCGGCCCCUACUGCUGGCAGGAGAUCGACAUCGAGGAGUGGAGCCAGCAGCAAAGCAAGCCGGAGCAGAUCGGCCGCAUGGUGGAGCUGCUCGUCGGCCGCAGCGGCGGCUCGUGCCGCCGGAUCAGCGUCUCCGGGCUGCCCUGCGAUCCGCUCUUCUCGUUCAUCGCAGACAAUGCGCGAGCUCUUGGGACCUUGGAGAUCCCCAGGAGUGAGAUCAGCGACUCCGUAGUGGAAGCCGUGGCGCCGCGGCUAUCGAACGUGACGUUCCUAGACAUCAGCAGCUGCACGAAGAUCGGGGCCCGCGCGCUGGAGGCGUUCGGCAGGCACUGCAGGUCCCUGGUGGGGCUCCGGCGGGUGAUGCACCCGAUCGACCUGGCGGACAAGGUGUGCCAGCACGACGAGGCGCACGCCAUCGCGCGCAGCAUGCCGAGGCUGCGGCACCUGGAGAUGGGGUACAUGCUGGUGGCGACGGAGGCGGUGCUGGAGAUCCUGGAGCAGUGCAGCGAGCUCAAGUUCCUGGACCUGCGCGGCUGCUGGGCCGUGGACGACCGGUUCCUGCGGGAGCGCCACCCGGGGCUGCGCGUCCUGGGCCCGCGCGUCGUCGACGACUGCUACGAGAACAGCUACUGGGAGGAGUGCUCCGACUACUACUCGGACGAGGACGAGGACUACGACGACGACGUCGUCUCGUGGGGGUUGUUCGUGGACGACGACGACGACUACUACUACGCCGUCGGCAGCGACGACGACGAGGCUAUCUGGGACGACGCGCAGGGCCUGGAGAACCUCGAGGUGAGGUUCUACGGCGGUGGCGGCUUCGGCGAGAGCUUCGCCGGCUUCGACUGGCCGCCGUCGCCGUGACGCGUGGCCCGCGAGAGCCGCCGCUGCGCUUGCGUUGCGCGGACCGUUUUCGGCUCUUGCUUAUAUACCGCGUGCGUGCCUGAGUCGUUGUUUGUUGUUCGUCCCCAAGCUUUGCUUGCAGAUGUAAGCUUUCAAUCUUUAAGCUCUAGCUUGCAGAUAUGUGAAGUGGACUGCUAGUAGUACACUCUAGCUGUAAACUCCGGUGUUUACCUGAAGCAAACCAGCAUGCACCGGUGAGAUUUCACCGGCGCCAUCCCCAUCCUA